CAGAGGCCAGCUGAUCAUCACUGACAGAGUCUCGGACAAGAUCACGACCGAGAGCUCGGUCUCUGCUGCUAAUCCUGCACGAAAAAAACAACUGCUUUUCUUGUAUUAUAUGUACAGAUUAGUACGUUAAUACCAAAUCUAACGUUUUGGUAUUUAUUUGAGGAAACGGAGGUAAACAGAAGACAGCAAUUAUCGACCAAAAGACGAGAAGAUGUCUGGAAAAGACAGGAUCGACAUAUUCCCCUCCAGAAUGGCUCAGACCAUCAUGAAAGCUCGGCUGAAAGGGGCGCAGACCGGCCGCAACCUGCUCAAGAAGAAAUCUGAUGCCCUCUCCAUGCGCUUCCGUCAGAUCCUUCGCAAAAUUAUUGAAACUAAGACCAAGAUGGGAGAAGUGAUGAGAGAGGCAGCCUUCUCUUUGGCUGAAGCCAAAUUUGCAGCUGGAGACUUCAGCACAACUGUAAUCCAGAAUGUCAACAAAGCCCAAGUGAAGGUCCGAGCCAAGAAAGACAAUGUGGCAGGUGUUACCUUGCCAGUUUUUGAACACUACCAAGAAGGCGGGGACAGCUAUGAGCUGACUGGCCUGGCCAGAGGAGGAGAGCAGCUCUCCAGGUUGAAGAGGAACUACGCCAGAGCUGUGGAGCUGCUGGUGGAGUUGGCCUCCUUACAGACAUCCUUUGUCACUCUGGAUGAAGCCAUAAAAAUUACCAACCGCCGUGUGAAUGCUAUUGAGCAUGUGAUUAUCCCCAGGAUUGAUCGCACCCUCACCUACAUCAUCACGGAACUGGAUGAGAGAGAACGAGAGGAGUUUUACAGGCUGAAGAAGAUCCAAGAGAAGAAGAAGCAGCUCAGGGAGAAGACAGACCUGGAGAUUGCAGCUCGCCUGGCAAAGCUGGGUCCCAUCGCAGAGCCCUCCAACAUGCUGACAGAGGAGAUGGAUGAAGACCUGCUGUUCGAGUGAUGGGCUUCUUUGGGGUGGCAGUCACAGACUUCACCUAUCAUCCUAUUUAUUCUGUGCCUCUCUGGCCAAGUCUAUGUCUUCUCAUGCAAGUGAUGAAAGUUGUUUUUUUGUGUACUUGUCAUUGAUGAUUUGAUCUGUUGUUUCAGUGCUGGAAAGUACUGUGUGUCUCCAGAUGUGUCACUGUACAGAACCAAAGUGUUGUUGCACUUGGUAGUUACCCACAAGGGAGUUAAUUUACUGUUAUAAAAUCUAAAUAAUAAGAAUAUAAGUAUGUUUACACAUGGCUUGCGAGUGAAAUUAAGAAAGCAUUCUGUGUGACUGAUUAACUUGUACAUACUUCAGUUUGCUCACAACAUUUAGAGCCAUUGCAUGCUGAAAAGCUUAAGGUGGUUGUAGAUUUCAAAGAGUGAAUGAGUCUGUGUUGUGGAGGCCCGUCCCACUGCUGACCUCAUAUCACGGGGUUGUUGUUGUUUCCUCAUUUCAUGAGGAUGUUUACCAUUGAACUAGAGCCCCUAAUGUGACCCCGCUGUAAAAUGUGUGCAAGUCAACAAUGUCUUCAUCCAAAUAAAGAUAUUCGAAACAUUCAA